GAUUUUGAGCUUUUGUUUCUCAGAAGGAGAAGAAGCAGUAUCCGUAGGGGGAAAAAGAGUUAUUUGAACAUUUGAUGGCGAUUCGGUUCUCUCCAAUGCUCCUCCGAAAGCUCCCCUGUUUCAGCACAUCCUUGAAUUCUUCUCCACCUUCGCUCUCUGCCGCGACAAUUUCUCCGAUAACGGAGGAGGAGGAGGUGGUUCAAGUGGUGAAACAACCAGGAUUUUCAUCUGCUUCAACAAAAAAUUAUUCGAUUCGGAACUUGGACGAUAUAGAGAGGUUGUUCUCGCCGGUCUCAACGGUUCAGUUGCUGAAAUCGUCGUUGAACCUUCAUAUGGCGGCGUUUGAUUCGAUGGUGGAUUUGGGGACUUGGGUUAUGAAGUCGAGACUGAUGGAGACUGUGAUCUUUAGAGAGAUCAUAUUGGCGGUUGUGAAACACACGUUUUACGAGCAUUUCUGUGCAGGGGAGAACGUGGAGGAGGCUAGUCGGACGUUGCAGAGACUUUGGGAUAAUGGGUUGCGUGGAUUUUUGGAUAAAGAGUUGGAAGAUGCCGUUGAUAACGAGUCUUGUGAUCGAAAUUUGCAGGACUAUCUUAACACAGUUGAGUCCACCAAGUUCCUUCCACUUUCCUCUGUUAGUUUUGCAAUCGUAAAAAUCACUGCAAUCUGCCCAAUUAAGCUGCUUGAAAGAGUAAGCGACUUACUGAGAUGGGAACAGAAAGACCCAUCUCUUCAUCUUCCAUGGAAGACACAGACAUUUCCAAUGUUAAGUGAAUCCAGCCCUCUCUACCACACCCUUAAGAGACCAGAUCCAUUGACCACAGAAGAAGAACAAGAUCAACUGUUAGCCCAACAAAGACUAACAAGUCUCUGCAAGAAAUGCCUUGAAAUCAAUCUCCCAUUACUCGUCGAUGCAGAAUACUCAUCGGUGCAGCCUGCGAUUGACUACUUUACGUACUCAGCCGCAAUCAAAUUCAACAAAGAUGAAAACCCAAUUGUUUUCGGGACAAUUCAAGCUUAUCUGAAAGAUGCAAAACAGAGAAUGGUUCAAGCAAUGGAAGCUGCAGAGAAAUUUGGGAUCUCAAUGGGUUUCAAAUUGGUGAGAGGAGCUUAUAUUUCUAGUGAGAGACAAAUAGCUUCCUCAUUAGGCUUUGCUUCUCCUAUUCAUGGGAGCAUCCAGGAGACACAUGCAUGUUACAAUGACUGCACUUCGUUCAUGCUUGAGAAGGUUGCUAGUGGCUCUGGAGCAGUUGUGCUUGCUACCCAUAACCUUGAAUCAGGGAGGAUGGCAGCAGCGAAGGCACAAUCCUUAGGCAUUGGAAAGGCAAACCACAGGUUGCAGUUUGCUCAGCUGAAGGGGAUGGCAGAGGGUCUUUCCUUUGGGUUGAGAAAUGCAGGAUUUCAAGUGAGCAAGUGCUUGCCAUUUGGUCCAGUAGAGAAAGUCAUUCCUUACCUUCUUAGGAGAGCUGAAGAGAAUAGAGGUCUUUUGUCUUCUUCAACUUUAGAUAGGCAGUUGAUGAGCAUGGAGUUGAAGAGGAGACUAAAAGUGGCAAUCCUGGGAAGGGAAAUAGACUAACAUCAUGAUUUCUCAGCUAC